UUAUCCAUGGGGAAGGGGAAAAACAAAGAAGUAAGGCCCGCUAGAACUUCGAACGGGCACAAGUCGAAGCUACAUCAUGCUAAAAAGGGUAGACAAGAGUCCAAGUUUCUGGGAUCUGCAAAUGAACACCCGUUCAAGCUUGCAAUGUGGGACUUUGAUCAUUGUGAUCCGAAGAGAUGCUCUGGGAAGAAAUUAGAAAGAUUGGGGUUUAUUAAGAAUAUGAGAAUCGGGCAGAAGUUCAACGGGGCUGUUAUAUCACCCAACGGGCAGCUGGUGAUUUGCCCUGAUGACAAGGAGAUUGUGGAAAAUUUCGGUGCAGCAGUGGUGGAAUGUUCAUGGGCCAGAUUAGAUGAGAUUCCAUUUAACAAAAUUGGUGGAAAACAUGAAAGGUUGUUACCAUAUUUCGUUGCCGCUAACCCAGUUAAUUAUGGAAGACCAUGGAGGUUGAAUUGUGUAGAAGCAUUGGCUGCUUGUUUGGCUAUUGUUGGACAUUAUGACUGGGCAGAAACUAUUUUGAGUAAAUUCUCAUGGGGGUUAACUUUCCUCAAAGUGAACGAGGAAUUAUUGGAGAUAUACUCCAAAUGCACAGACCAUGAUUCUGUAAAGCAAGCAGAAGCGGAUUACCUUGACAGAUUGGAAAAGGAAACAAAAGAAAGAAAAGAAGAGACGAGGAACAGUGAUGUUUGGAUGAUAGGGAACACCAACCGAAAACUAGCUGUGGGAGACAAUAGUGAUGAAGAGGUACUGUCAGAGUAUGACUACGAUGAUCAUGAAGAGGAAGACGCUGAGUACGAUGGUUUGGGGAACCUUAUCAUCAAGAAUAAGCGUGAAUCAAUCGAAGAAAGUGAUGAAGAAAGUAACAGCGAAGAAGAUCUGGAUGAAGAAGAAGACGAUGUACAGUAUGAUACGUUGGGGAAUAUCAUUGUAAAACAUGCCGAGCUUAAUGACAAGCUCACCGCCUUGACCAUUUAACGAUUUAUAGACUAAAAUUCAAUUCUGUUUUG